AUGUCGCGAAAGAAACUUGAAAACCGAGGAAUCAACGGAACCAAGAUAGAAGCCAUUAGCUUCAAAGCUGCAGUUGUCCCAAACUACCGACUUGCAUUUAACAUGCGGGGCUUUCCACCACUGGAGCCGGGGAUGGGUUCACUGGAACCUUGCGAUUCAAACUCCAAACCACUUGUCAAGUACAAGUCAAAUGAAUGCCACGGAGCUUUGGUGAAACUCACAGCUGAAAACUACGUGAAAGUCAUGGCAUCAGAAGGAGUAAGCGAUGACCAGCCUAAUCCAGGUUACGAAGAAGUGGUUGUCGACGCUUUUCCAUAUAAUGACAAUACCCCCGUAAAAGCAGUAGCGCUACGUGCUCGCCCGCAUGUCCGAUUGAGCUUUGAUCCAUCCCCUUCAAAGAGGUACAUGAAUAUUCUGAAAGAAGGAGCAAGGGAGUUGAAUCUCAAACCAUGUUAUCAAGAGUUCUUGGAAGAGCAUCCAAUACAGGUAGUCCCUCAGUGGCAGAAAAAAUACGUGAUAUAUAAUCUGCUGUUCAACCGGUUAUUUGGGAGACGAUUCAUGUUCAUCCAAAGUCGACUGCUUUUCCUUUUUUAUGCCUCUCCGAUGGAACCGAGUUUGAAGCGAUUGUCGUUCGGGUUACUAUCAAAUCUGAUUCUUCUACCUGGUUUCUUGAUGGGCUUUCUCUUUUGCACGUUUGCAAAGUUAUUGGGGAAAGAGCCACCUUUCCUGGCUCGCAUGAUGAAAUUCUUGGUAGCGUCAGAAGAUUAG